CGCUUCUGUUCGCAGUUGUUGGUGUUUUCUGUGCGUCUCGAUCAUUUUUCCCUCUGCACUUCGAAACAAACGCGAAACUAUCUAAAUAACUGUGGCAACACUGGCGGUGAGGCUGGAAAAUGGAGAACUCUGCUCCUUCCCAUCUGACUGAAUGCAACAUGUUAAGAUCCAUCCGUGCCAUGAUCCCUGUUGGUUCCAAGAGGGAAAUAAUAGAGUUAUCUAAACUAGCUGGCCCAGUGACGCUCUCUCAGCUCAUGGUGUUUUUAGUUAGUUUCAUUAGUACCGUUUUCUGUGGCCAUCUGGGAAGAACAGAGCUGGCAGGAGUGGCUUUGGCCAUAUCGGUUAUUAAUGUUACAGGUAUAUCUAUAGGAAGCGGCUUGUCGGCAGCAUGUGACACACUGGUUUCUCAGACAUUUGGGAGCCACAACCUCCUGAGAAUUGGUGUCAUUAUGCAGCGGGCCGUUCUUAUUUUGUUGCUGGCUUGUUUCCCCUGCUGGGCCAUUCUCCUAAACACUGAACUAAUUCUGUUGGCUGUCCGACAAAGUCCAGAAGUGGCAAGACUGGCUCAGCUGUAUGUGAAGAUAUUUAUGCCUGCACUUCCUGCUACAUUUAUGUUUGCAUUGUUAAAAAGAUACCUGCAGAAUCAGAACAUUAUUUGGCCACAAGUUAUCACGGGCAUCUUUGUCAAUUUGCUAAAUGCCCUCAUCAACUACAUCGUUCUCUAUGUGAUAAACCUGGGAGUGGCAGGUUCUGCCGUUGCCAACGCUAUUUCACAGUUCACCAUGGCUGCAAGUCUUUAUGUGUACAUCAUCUGGAAUGGUCUCCAUAAGGCCACCUGGGGAGGCUGGACUACAGAGUGUCUGCAGGACUGGGGAUCUUACAUGCGCCUGGCCAUCCCCAGUAUGGUCAUGCUCUGUGUUGAGUGGUGGACAUAUGAGAUUGGUGGUUUUCUGGCAGGUCUAAUAAGUGAGGUGGAACUUGGCGCUCAAUCGGUUGUAUACGAACUGUCAAAUGUUGCAUAUAUGUUCCCUUUGGGUUUUAGUGUGGCAGCCAGCAUCAGAGUGGGAAAUGCUUUGGGAGCCGGAAACACGGAAGAGGCCAAAAUGUCUGCUAAAGUCGCCAUGUUUUGUGCGGUGUCAGUGUCCAUGUUUUUGGCAGUGACCAUUGGCAGCCUGAAGGAUCAUAUCGCUUAUGUCUUCACAUAUGAUGAAGAAAUCAGGAAAAGAGUUGCCGACGUUAUCUCAUUCUAUGCGCCGUUCAUCCUCUUAGAUGCAAUAUCAGCUGCCUCAGGAAGCAUUAUAACAGGAGCAGGAAAGCAAAGAGUUGGAGCGAUCCUGUACAUCGUGGGAUUCUAUGGUGUUGCUUUUCCGAUUGGAAUACCGCUGAUGUUUGCAGCCAAAUUGGGAAUCAAGGGUCUGUGGACAGGCUUGUUUGUUUGUGGGUUUCUGCAGUCAUUAUUUUUGAUCGUCUACCUCAUUAAAUUGAAUUGGGCCAAAGUCACAAUUGAGGCCCGGAUCAGAGCUGGAGUUCAUGAGAACGCUACAGACACAAUGUCUCCAGGAACCCCAAUACAUGACCAAGAGUGCCUGACGAACCAAACGCACGCUGUGGAGGGCGGUGGAAGUGAGGCGGUGCCUGAGGCAGUGAUGCUCCCUUUUCGUACCGUGGCACUGCGUCGGGGUCUGGCUGUGGUUGCCAUGCUGUCCAUCCUGGCUGCAGGAAUUGUUCUAAACAUAAUGAUCACGUGGUGAUGUAAAAGUGACAGAGUGGAGUAUUGACCGAAGUAGCGCCCAUACACGCAAGGCUUUGUGUGGAUGUCAGCCGGGCAGUGGGGAGGCGUUCACUUGUCAGUACUCUGUGGCGUCAUCAAUGCUCAAAAACCUUCACCGACUCCAGAUCUGUCCACCUGAUACUGAGGCUGGUGUGUAUCAGGAGGGGAACAGAUUCAGCUCCUGCCAGAGGCGUCUUUGUACCACGAACAGUUAUAUCCCUGUGGAAGACGAUGUCCAGAAGGCAUUCUUAUUUGUUUUUUGUUGUUGUUGUUGUUUUUUUAUUAGGAUUCAGAAAAAACUUAUUUUCUGUAAUGGAAAUGUGUCAUGCACUUACUUAUUGUCAUCAAGGACAUUGUUUUUGGAUUUGUCUCGUAAUUGCAGCAGUGAUUAUUAUUUUGUGAACGAUCAGACUCUGGACCUUAAUCCUGAAAAAUUGGGAAAAAAAAUACAUUUGAGCUGCUGUAAAAUAAUAAUAAAAUGUAAAAUACUGCACAUUUUAAAA